AUGACGACUGUUCCAAUCUUGAAAAGAUCCGCCAAGGAGCUCUACCCCCUGAUAAUCCAGUCCUUAUCUGACCAAAAAACGACCAGAUACUUUGAUAAUUCGUGGACCUUCGCUCAGCUUGAUGAAUGGAGAAAUGCAGACUUGCCAGGAAUAUUAAAAGCAAGAUACGACGAAGAAGGCGAAACUUGGCUAACUAAAGAUGAAUUGAUCUUGCUAAUGGACUGGAAACUUGCAAAGGGCAAAUUCAGACCUACCUUGCCCAAGUUAAUUCGCCAAAAUGAAGCUGCUCAAGUGGAACUGAUCACUAGAUCUGCGUUCAAAACAUUACUUAACUAUCUCCAGAACAAGUCGUUCCCAUUUACAGAUUCCGAUAAGAAAUUAUACAUAUCUACGGUGAAAGACGCUACUAAGAAAGCUUCUGAACUACGUGGAGUGGGUCCAGCUACGGCCAGCUUGAUACUCUCAUUGGCGGAGCCCAUCCUGAGCUUGGCACCACCCUUUUUGAGUGAUGAGAGUUUCAUAUACUUUGUGCUUGAACCAACCAGGCCAGACACCAAAAUUAAGUAUAACUUGAAGGAAUAUACUGAUGAAUAUUUGCCGGCCAUUUUUGACAUUCUAGAUGGAAACAACAACAAUAAGGAGCAAAGUUUAGUGGAGCUUGAGAAGGGUGCUUGGUCUUUGAAGUUCUAUGAUAUGGGAAAGAUAGACAUUACGGCCGAUAUCGAGCUACCAUUCAAAGUAGAGAAAGAUGUUUUAUUCAAGUACAUCAAGGUUGAGCCAAAAAGUGGGAAGGUAGUUAAAGAAGAAGAAGAUAAAAAGAGAAAGCACGUUAAGGUAGAAAGCGAUCAGGUCAAGAAGCGUAAGAAGAAUUGA